AGGUGUCAGGUAUCAGUUGGCUUCAGACAUCAAAAUUUAAAUAUGGCGUCGGCAAUGGAAAUUGAUGAUGAAGAAAGUGAUUUACCAACUUCGAGUAGUAGUAAAGGAGAGAAAAAACGUUUCGAAGUAAAAAAGUGGAAUGCUGUGGCCCUUUGGGCGUGGGAUAUUGUAGUAGAUAAUUGCGCGAUCUGCCGUAAUCAUAUAAUGGAUUUAUGUAUUGAAUGUCAAGCAAAUCAAGCGUCAGCUACUAGCGAAGAAUGUACCGUAGCUUGGGGUGUAUGCAAUCAUGCAUUCCAUUUCCAUUGCAUCUCACGUUGGUUGAAGACUCGACAAGUUUGUCCACUUGAUAAUCGAGAGUGGGAGUUCCAAAAAUACGGUCAUUAGCUGAGUGUGUUCAACUACCACGAACAUCUGAACCCUCCAGAAUGCCAAAGCCGAUGCAAGUUUAACUACAUAUGUGAAUAAAAGACAUUUAAAUAAUCGACGUAACAGCAUCAUAAAAAAAAAAAAAUCGGCGGCAUAUCUACAAGCGUCAUUGCAGUGCUUUUGGCAAGGAAAAUAAAUUACAAAUUUGCUUGAAACACAACGUGAUUAAAACAUUAUUGCACCAGCAGUAUCAACUUUAUAAUGAUCUAUCUAUUGAGUUAAAACAGCGAAUACUAAAACUAUGAGCUAUUGAAAGUUUCUUAUCUUAUCCGUUAUGCAUUAUAUGACAAUGUACUUCUUAGUCCUAAGAACAUAAAUAAAGGAAAAUAAA